UGUUUUUGUUUAAUAUGAGGAAGCAAAAUUCGCUAUUGUCAUGACGAUAUUGAACAGCUGACUGACCAAAAUGAACUAGACGGUUGAUGAAAAUAAAGACAAUGCAAUAGCAGCAGCUGUAAAACUAGCAACCCCAAGCUGAAAAUAGGGUGACAAAAAAUCAAAGGUGGGCAGUGCACAAAAGCUGCAAGUGACGCAGACGCUGGCUGAUGUUCAGUCACAGCUUGCGUACUUUUAGAGAGGUCUGCUCGUCAAGCCAAACUAAACUCUCAGUUUUAGUUCCUUUGCUAAAUAACCCGCUUCGCUCAGCUGUAAAUUACCUAAAAGGAAGCAACAUGGAAAUUUUGUACUAAACAUGUUAGUGAGCAACACCAAAGUAUGUCCCAGCUAUAUCAGAUUGUGAAAUAAUUGCUUUCCCAUCGUUGUCGACAUUUGCUGAACUUUAAAAACCCCCCACAAGAGUCAUGGCUUUGGCCAGCGCAGCGGGCGCUCUGCUCAAACCACAAACGCCGCUCCAGCAGCUGCUCGAGGAUAUUAAUUUCCAGCGCACCAAAGAGAUGCGACAGCUGCUCAAGGAUGAUGGCGGCUUUGUGGUGCUUCAGGGCACGACCUAUUGGACGGAUUUGUUUGUGCGUCAUUUUCUAUUCCAAGCAGAGCCUGUGCACAGCAUCGACUCGGAUGAUUUGCUCUUUUUUGUGCGCAAAAAACACGUGAAAAGCUCCUCGCGCCAUAUGCCAAAAUAUGAGACUGAAGUUGAGGUAUUUCGCAAGGAUUCACGCAAGUUGCCCAUCGGUGAUCCAGAUGUGGAUUGGGAGGAGACUGUCUAUUUGAACAUGGUUAUACAUCAGUUCGACUACACGUUAACCUUAGCCAUAUGUACAAGAACCUCACCCAAGGAGCUGCAAGUCCUGCGACGGCACUCGCAACGGGUCUACGCGAGUCCCAGUCGCCGAAAGAUGGAUACCAAGGGGGAGGGUGAAGAGAUUACCUAUCCGCAUAUAUGCUUUAUGGUGGACAACUUCGAUGAGGUGUUUAGCGACAUAUUAGUGCGCGAUGGAGAAAUGGUCUGCGUCGAAUUAGUGGCCAACGACAAAGAUGGCGCCGUGCAGGGCGUUAUCUUUCUGGGCUCCAUACGCUACGAUGCGCUGAAGAAGGUCUAUGAUGCCAGGCAAUCAAGCCUGAGCUCUAAGGUGGCACAGCGCAUGUCGUUUGGGCUUUUCAGCAGUGGAGCAGGAGUCCAAACGCGUUGCGAAUUCGUGCGCAUGAAAGGGCCACAGGGCAAGGGUCAUGCCGAGAUGGCAGUGACCAAGCCGAAAGGCUCUGGCGUAGAGACGCCCACAAGCGAGCCUGGCUUCUGCGCCACGGACAUGUGGGACGAAUGGGAGGAGGAGAACGAUGACUAUUGCACAUAUCGUCAUCAACGUCGACUCAGCGAUCCGAGCGCGAAUCUCAAUAAUUUCUCCCGAUACGGCUGGCGGACAAAGAAUACCAACCAAGACAUGGUGGGCAGCGGCACCAGCACUACUGCCGGCGUCAAAGCCCGCUCCGAAAACGAAGGACUCGACUCGCUGGCCAGCGAGGUAUCCGAGAUCGAGGCUGGCGACUUGCGCGAUGAUCAGCAACGUCCUGCUUUCUCGGCAUCCGCUGCAAAACUGUACCCAAAACUGAAUUGUGAAUCGCUCAAAUUGUUAACUGACCAAACAAAUUUAGCGCCAGCUGCCAUAGACAACGAAGGAGUCGCUAGCAGUUGCACAAGUAAUGAUACGCCAGUCAUGGCUGUCACAGCGGUCACUCCCCCACCGCUGAGCGCAGCAGUCGAGGCUAUGACGGAUGGCGGCAACGGAGGCAGCAGCAGCACGGGCUGCAAUUGCUUCGGUGGCAAGUGCAAAAAACGCUGGACAUCGGUGAAUAGCAGCGUGGUGGACACUCCCGAAAUGUCGGAGGUGUACUGCCCCAGCUGUGAGGAUGCUGCUAAUGAGACGCCCGCGUGCCUCAACAAAAUGCCCGACAAACGGGCCCUGACACGGCUCAAGCCCAAGACGCCGAGCAUAUUGUGCGUGGAGAGCGAGCUGGUGGUCAGUAAACGGAGCAGCCUAAGGCUUACCAGCCUAGAGAGCAAGCGAAAGGCCGGCAGCAAUAUUACACGAAGCGUGUCCUUGAGCGCUGCAGAUCGACGAACGAGUGUGCCAAUGCCUAGAAAGGUGACGCCAUCUCGUGUACGUCAGGUCAAGCCAAAAGAGCUAGAUAAGGGCAAGGAUAAAGAUAAGGAGAACGACAAGAAGUCCACGAAUCAGAAAGCGAAUGCUACGAGUGCUUUGCUGGCUAAGAUGUCGCCAAAAAGGCUGCGCAAUACCCGAUCGGUCGAUAAGGAGAAGGGGAAUGACAAAGAGAAGGAGAAAAACAAGGAUAAAGAAAAGAAUAAGGAGAAGGAUAAGGACAAGGACAGACCGAAACCCGCAAUCAAGUCCAAAACUGGCAACAAUAACAACAAUCAUGUCAAAGCGAGCACAGCUGCAGUCAAAACUGAGGAAUAUGAAAUCGCUGAUGAUGCCACCUCCCUGAAUGGCCAAUCCUUGUACGCAGACGAGGCUACAUCGGCUGCUAAGAUAGCCAUCCUCAGCGAAAGCGACAGCAAGCUAUUGAUAAGCGUGCGCGGGCGCGAGGAGCUGCCUGUGGUGGAGCAGACACCAACGACGCCAUCGCCACCCGCAGACGUGACGUCCGCGCAGCGAUUCGAAAAGUGUAUACGUGUACCUGUGAAAUCAGAGAGCCAUCCAUUGCAGUUGUCGGCGGACAGCGCAAAUAACUAUAAUAAUGUGCACCAGGAGCCGAAAGCGGAGUCGACCCAGCAGCAGUCAGCGGAGCAGCAGCCACUGCUCAAUGGUGAAGCGGAUGCGGCAAAUGGCAACGAGACGUCAGGCAGCAGCGCCACAUUGCCUCGCACAGCAAAGCAAUCCUAUUACCACAAGGUGUUGCAUCUGGUGCCCAAGCGCCGUACGCCCGACGGCACCAAUAUAUAUUACUGGUGCGAUCUGCCUAAAAAGGCGCUCAAAGAGCUCGACGAUGGCGCCUAUAAUCCCCUAUGGACCAGUCGCGGGUUUACGCAAUCCUUUCAUUUCUGGAAGGAGAAUCGGAGACAGCAAUCGACUCCGCUCAACGCAUUCCUGACAUAUGUUACACUGCCUUGGUGGAGCAUAGCCAAGGAUCUUUUGGAUCAUCGGGAGACGCCCAUACUGACUUUUUAGUAUUAGCUUUUCUCGUCGCUUGUGAUUUGCUGUUAAACUAUUCUUUAAAGUAUUACCUAUACAGAAAUAUCUCCUUUUAUUUAUUAGGUCUGGCAAAUCAUGUGAUCCUUCUUUAAGUUUACUAUUAUAUAUAGAACAAUGUUUUUUUAUAUCUCAGGUGGCAGCAGUUCAGCUGCUCCAUUUCUUAUAAUUAAAAUUUUAAAUUUGCUAAAACAAUGCCAAUGCGAACCCCUGAUUUAUGAUUUCAAAGCUAUUUAUUCAGAUUAACUAGCGCAUUAUUAGAUAUAUAUAUAUACAAGU